GAUAGUAUGACAAUUGACAAAAUAAACUUGCAUUUUAUGAAUUUAUUCCAAAAUUAAACGUCGGUUUUAUUCUUCGGUGCUCCGGGGUGAUCUCAAGGAAGGUUUAGUUACUUUCUCGGGGUCGUUGAGUAGAUUUCCAUGAAGCUCCCAGUGUCUGUGAAAAGAUUUCGGUGUCAGUUAUGGAUGGUUCCAUUCUCCGGUAAGUAACUCAAAUAACCAUACAUCGAUGAGUCAGUAUAUCUCAUUUUGGGGGCCGUCGAAAUUCCCAGUCAGAUGAGUCGAAGUCAUUCCAAACCCAUUGAAUAUGGAAUGUAGGUGACCUUUGGAAUUACAAGUACUCAGUGACUUCGUUACGAAAUUUUCAGGAUAGUUAAAAUUUCUCCAGUUAUACGGUUCAAAUGAUUUGAAUGAAACAUGAAAUGGAACUCAAAUGUCCACCAGGAUUCUUGUCGACAGGUCCCAGUAUCUCAGUGUCCAACUCUGACAGUACUUUCUUCCCUGAUGCUGUCGGGGUUAAAUUCUCAGGGCCCAGUGUUCGCAUACCUUCAAUGGGGCUGGACCUACAGCUUUCCGUCCGGUGUUAGAUGUGUUACCUACCUCUUGUGUUCAUCUCUCUCGGUUGAGAUUGGGGUCUUGGACGCACAGCCAGUGGUUCUAACGUCAUAUGUCUUAUUGUCGGAGGUGAUGGUCGAUAGGUGGUAUUUCGAGGAGGUGCUGGCAUCAUGUUGAUCUUUCGGGCAGUUACAGUGUCGUGUUUGCGUUCUCAGCAAAACGCAGUGGCUACAGAAUAACAAGGGCCUUCCCUUGCACAGUUUGGAAAGGGUCCUCCGCAUCUCGGCA